UAAAUUGCAGGUGUACACACCCACCUCGUGUGUAAAAAACUAAAAGUCUGUGCCAUUGAACUAUACAGCAUAACAGUCAACAAAGGCAAGAUACGCGUCUGGUAGCAUCAAGAUAAUUUGCAAGACAUAAAACUGUGGUGUGGAUAUAAGUAGACACAAUGACAGCCACUCCUGAUAAACUCACUGUGAGCAGUUGGCUAGCCGAGCUAAGAAUGGAGUGCUACAAGAAACACCUCGAAGACUACGAAACAAUAAAGCAACUUCUGGAUUUGAAGGAGAUGGAACAGAAGUUGAAGAAGCUAGGAGUUGGGAACUCUAAAGACAGGGCCAGGAUGAUGGGCAGCCUCGCUACGUUCAGGAAGGACCCCCCACCUCAUCCCUCCCCAGUGGCCAAUGUACAGCUCCAGGAGAAGACUCUCUCACGAAAAGGCUCAACUAGAAAGCUCAAGUUAAAGAGUCUUCUGAGUAGCAGCUCUUCAAAGAAAAGCAAAAAGAAGACAGAUAAUUUCUCUACCCCCGUACCCGCGACUGUACACGUCUCCGAGAUCUCCUCUCCCCCCCAGUCCCCCUCCCCCCUCACAAAGAGUAAACUCCAGUCAUCAAUCACUGAUGAUUACGAGGAGGUCCCCGACCUUUCACCUCGCUCUCGAGCCAUGACACUCGACGGAAAACCGUACCAAAACUGGAAAGUAGUUGAGAAUGAGUAUGUGCCCUCGCCGGACAAAAGUCCCAAUUUUAGUGAACAACGUUUCCGUUCCAAUACCGUGGCAAAUUUCGACCGGCAAACCGAAACAUCUCCUCCUUUUUCGCGGCCUCCUUCUGGUGAUAUACAGUACCGAAACAGGCUGGACGUGGGGAAGAAAGAAGAUUCCCCAGGAGCACUGAAACACCGACACUUGAGUGGAGCCUCAAUGGAGUCCGGACUGAGUUUCGGUUACGAUGUAGAGAAAGAUUUUAACCCUUCGCUUCCCCUGGAGAGCCAGCCUUGGUUUCGGGGGAGGAUAUCUCGGGCCGACGCAGAAGCCGCUCUAAACGAGGACGGUGACUUUAUUGUACGCGAGAGCACAGCCAUUUUGAACACGUACACGCUCAGCCUUCGCUGGAGGGGGGCAUACGAUCACACCAUGGUCAAUACAACCGAGGUGGUCAAUACCACGGGGGACAUACGAAAAGCCACUGGUGUUAAAUACCAUUUCGAAAGUGGAGCAUUUGAUACGAUUCCGGAACUGAUUUUCAACCAUCUGAAAUACCAGAUCCCGAUUGAUUUGGCACAACACACUCUCAUUACCAAUCCGAUAUGCCGCCCUGGGGCAAGUAACCAUAGCACCCCGAAUAGCAUGCACAGAGGGAUCUACACUACGCAACAGUCAUAUGCACACCCACCUCACGUUGCGGACCCGAAUAAUGCACAGAAUUUCAGCACCCUCCCUCGAAACUUUGGCCGAAAGACCUCCGUAUGCUCGCUCCCCGAGGAGACAGCAAAUGGUUCUCAGACGUUGACUCGAGGGACACCUAAUCCAUCAGCACGUUAUCGUUAUAAUAAACUGAGCAACUCUAGCGGUGAUCUCCUCGACGACAAGCCCUCGCAUAACCAUAAUUACAGGGGCAUGAUGAGCCCUCCCCCUAUAGCAGAAAUCCGAACCCGUGCCAUGACAACUGAUUCCAGAUCUAGACAAACGAAUGUAACAGAUUCACCACAUCAAAGACAAGAAAGCUUUGGAGACUACGUGGCUAUGGGAAGUGUAUCUAUUUGUGGGGAUAGCGAUUCUUUAGACGAACAAGAAGAAUAUCGAAAAAGCACGCCCCCCUCGCAACAUCAAAAGUCAUCAACAAAAGUCUCCAACUAUGCCGAUGUCGUGUGUCUAAAGGACCAAAUCAAGCCCGCCCUCACUAUCAACGACGAUGCUGUCAAAUAUGCCGAAGUUCGUUUUGCCCAGAAGAAGAAGUCCCCUCAAUCGUCUCGAGAGAGUAGUCCCUACCAGUCCCGUGCUGACUACCUCGCUGGCAGGGCACCACGUGAGGUGUCUAACUAUGCCCAAAUCAAGUUUGAUGAUUCCUCCCCCCAUCCAUUCAGCCAGUAUGCAUCCAUCCAACGAAACUCUUCCCCAAAUGUAUUGACAUCACGUGACACCUCCCCUCGUCAAAGAAGUCAAACAGAGGCGCACAUUUACGCUCGAUCGGAGAAGCCACGGAAUAAGAAACUCGAUAGAUCCUCGACAGCAAGCAAUGACAGUGCACUGAGCACAACGAGCAGUCAGUCGUCUAAUUCAAAUUCCAGCACCCCUCAACCGCCAACCACUCCUCAAUCCACACUACUAUUACACUCUCAUGCCCCCUCGGCUAAGGUACAUCGCGACCUCCCUGGUUAUGAAGCGCUGGUGAAGGUCCACACUAUACUACAGAGUCACAGCAACAAGCAGCUGGUGUACCAUCUCACUAGGGCUGAUGCAGUAAACUUUCUGCUGUCCCCUAGACCUGGUGAAGAGGAUUCAGUAUGGAGAGACAGGGUCAACAAGACCACCUCCUCCUCUGGCAUGUACACAGGACUACAGACACUGGCCGACACAGACGGAGAGAAGCUGUGGAAGAAACUCUACAACAGACACUUGAGCCUCUCCCAGACUGUCACCCUGUGUGUCAUCACCGCUGGAGAUGCGCUGGAGAGAACUAAACUACUCCAUCGGUUCAUCGAGAUUGCCACUCUACUACAGAGCGGAAAAUUCGGGAAUUUGUACGCCUUCAUCUCUGUCAUUCAAGGGAUUAAUGUACCGCAGAUAACGGACAUGGUGGACAUUUGGGAUCUACUAAAGAGCCACUUUCCAGCCUCGUUUGCUGCCCAUAAAGACCUCCUCUCUGUCAUCUCAAACCUCAAUGAAGGCAUAGCCAUGUUCUCAACAGAGCAUCUCACCAUUCCAGCCAUACAACACUUGAAGACUGUCUUCCAUUACUCAGAGCCAUCGAUACCCGGCUACAACACUGUGGUCGAGGACCGAAGCUUGGUUGGAGAGUAUUGGAGCAUGGCCUGUGGUUUGGACGGGAUCCGUACCAUCAUGUCUCAUACAUCACACUUUAGUUUCAAUGCACGUAAAAAACUAGAGGGACGAAAGUACGACGCUGCUCUCAUGGAUUUUUUUCUGGGUGAUUUCACUCGAGUGUAUCUUCAGUCGAUUGGUGUACAUUGUGACGACCCAAUGGAAAGAAGACGGAAGUUUGGAAUAGUAAUGGAGGGACUUGUGGCUCGUGUUGAAGCCGGUGAAAGUGUUUAAACUAUAUAUUUUAUUUUUUAGUACAUAGGUUACAUGUAUAGUUGAUGUGUCAGUUUUAAGAUAGCCCAGUGUAUUUGUGCUGUAAUAAUUACCCAACCUCCAACCUUCCAUUUAUGCACGUUUUAAUAUUUUGUGCACCUCA